AUGUCGAGCGCAGAGUAUCAGAAGGUGAACGCCGCCGCUUCUGCCGGCGAGCAUGUUUCUGGCGAUUCUGCUCCUGAUGGCAUUCCUCCGCCAGAUGCCAAACUAGGAAGUGGAUCAUUGAUUUCACGCCAUCUUCCUUUCCUCAAGACGAAGCGCGGGAUUGUCAUAACCGUGGCAGUCAUCCUCCUCAUUAUCGGCGGAGGUCUAGCAGGACUGGCGGCUCUACCAAAGAAAGGAAACAAGAGCCCAGCCGGGGCGGGAGAUGGAGCGGACGGCUUAGGAGAUUCUAUCACCAGUGACGAAUAUUUUUAUGGCCAGUCACCACCGGUAUAUCCUUCACCAAAUACGACCGGUGCUGGAACUUGGGCAAGCUCGUUGAAGAAGGCUAGGGACAUGGUCCGCCAAAUGACACUUGAUGAGAAGGUACGAGCUGCCAGACAUUUUGAGGGCAAUCUGGAUGUUCUUGAUCAUACGGGGGAUCACAUCUCUGACGUCUUGGCUAUCGCACAGGUUUACCUAACAACAGGUACCACCUCUAACACCAGCUGCUCCGGCUUCAUCCGGCCUAUCUCUCGUGUAGGCUUCCCUGGAAUGUGCCUGAGUGAUGCCGGUAAUGGCCUCAGAAACACCGAUUUUGUCAGCAGUUGGCCGAGCGGGCUUCAUGUUGGUGCCAGCUGGAACAAGUCGCUUGCACACCAGCGAGGCACCGGUAUGGGCAGAGAGUUCAAGAAGAAAGGAGUGAAUGUUCUCCUUGGGCCCGUUGUUGGACCCAUGGGCCGUGUGGUGUUAAGUGGUCGCAACUGGGAAGGUUUCUCUUCGGAUCCAUAUCUCGCAGGGGCUCUUGUUUACGAGACUGUCGACGCUGUCCAAGAUCAUUAUAUCACUAACGAGCAAGAGUCGAACCGAAUGCCCGCCAAUGGCAUGGAGUCCCUAUCAUCAAAUAUCGACGACAAAACGAUGCAUGAGUUCUAUCUCUGGCCCUUCCAGGAUUCCCUCCGUGCCGGUACAGGUAACAUCAUGUGCUCAUACAACCGACUGAACAACUCGUAUGGCUGCGCAAACAGCAAGUCACUCAACGGCUUGCUCAAGACAGAACUCGGGUUUGAGGGGUUUGUCGUGUCUGACUGGAGUGCCCAACAUGCCGGUGUCGCCACUGCUUUGGCAGGUCUUGAUAUGACGAUGCCAGGAGGUGACGACUUCUGGGGUUCCAAGCUUGUUGAUGCUGUCAAGAAUGGCUCAGUUCCUGAAUCUCGACUUGACGACAUGGCAACUAGAAUCGUUGCAUCUUGGUACAAGAUGGGCCAGGACGAAAAACUUUCCUACACCCGGUAUCGGCAUGGCCAGCGAUCUCACAAAACCUCGCAACGUUGUAGACGCCAGAAACUCAACCUUUCGCUCUACGCUAUUUGA